AUGAAGCCAGCAGUUUCGGGAACACCAGAGUUCGAGCCAAAAGUGGAGAUUCCCCGGAUUAUAAACCUCGAUGAUCAUUAUUAUGAUGAGUUUCUUCCCAUAACCUUUUCAAACAAAGGCACCACGGAGAAUGAUGCAAUCACUGUUGAACAGUACAGUGAAGAUCGAGACCUUAAUACUGCUAUUAUGGUCUCUCUCAAAUCCAACAAAGAAGCAAAGUCAAAAGUGGAGAAACCUCAUAUUGUAAACCUUGAUGAUUAUCAUCGCAUACCCUUAUCAAACAAAGGCAGUACAGAGAAUAAUGCGAUCUUUGUUGAAGAGUACAGUGAAGAUAGAGACCUCAAUAUUGCUAUCAUGGCUUCUCUUAACUCCAAUUCUGUUGAUCACUCUCAAGAGUAUUUCUACUACUAUGAUGAAGUUGAUGAUGAUGUAAAGGUACUUGAUUUUAUGCCUCAAGUCACUCCUUCUAGGAAACAAAAAGAACCCGCUUUUGGAGAUUCAGUCACUGAAAAUGGUCAAUCUUCGAAGUCUCCAAUUGACCCAGAUUUUGUAUGUGAAAUCUGUGUUGAACCCACGACUUUGAAGAAGUUAUUUUCGAUCAAGGGUUGCACUCACGCUUACUGUACUGACUGCAUGGUCAAGUAUGUGGCCUCAAAGUUGGAGGAAAACAUAAGUAAAAUUUGUUGCCCUGUGCCAGAUUGUAAAGCCGUAUUAGAGCCUGAGGGUUGCCGUUCAAUUUUACCAGAAGAUGUGUUCGAUAGAUGGGGUAAUGCUUUGUGCGAGGCUCUGAUUCUUGGGUCUCAUAAGUUUUAUUGUCCUUUCAAGGAUUGCUCUGCAAUGUUGAUUGAUGAGGGAGGGGAGGUUAUAAGGGAAUCUGAGUGUCCUAAUUGUAGGAGAAUGUUCUGUGCCCAGUGUAAGGUUCCUUGGCAUUCACAGAUCAGCUGCGAAGAGUUUAAGAGGCUGCAUAAGGAUGAGAGAGAAAGGGAUGAUAUACUGUUGAUGAAUCUAGCCAAGAACAAGAACUGGAGGAGGUGCCCAAAAUGCAAGAUCUUUGUUGAGAGGAUAACAGGUUGCAGAUUUAUGAAAUGCAGGUAUGUUUCAUUCAAAAGGAAUUAUGAGUUUUGGUGA